UAUAUAUGUGUGUGUGUGUGUGUAUAUAAUAUUAGUCUGUGUGUGGGAGAGAGAGAGGAUGAAUUUGCCGAAGUGUGAAUCAAGCACCCAUGUACAAAUUCAUCGUGGUCCAAUAGAGCAGAGAAACACACACACACACACACACACACACACACACACACCCAUUUCAUUUCUUUUUGUCAUUUCUCUGUUCAGCUGUGAUCCGCAUUGCACGGGUCAUCUGGGAACAUUCCUGAGCGCUGACCCCGAGACUGUGUAGGUUUUCGACUUGAUUGGGCCUCUCUCAUUGCGACACGGAUGAAAUGAAAGCAGAAGAGAACAGAUCGGGCCAUAUUCCGUGUAGUUCUCAGGCUGGUUCCCCCGAGCAGACGAGAUGGAGAGGAAUGCAGACCUGGAAGUCAUAACAUCAAAACAUCUGCAGAUGUACGACUCGAGAACUCGAGCUGGAACCAAAACAGCUCUCUCUCUUUUUUUUUUUUUUUUUUUUUUUUUUUUUUUUCCUUGUUAUUCCCCCUGAUCGGUUAAAACCACUCCUGGCGGAGGCAGAUGGACCGCCGCCCCGAGGUGAACACGCUGCGCUCUUACAGUGGGAAACGACUCGGGUUUACGUAGGCGAAGCCGAUUCCGGACCUACACACGAGGUCGCGUAGCGAGCACUUAAAGGGCAUAUUUAAAUGCUUGUUAAAGGAAGCUAUUUUGUUUGGAAAUGUCAGUGUGUGUGUGUGUGUGUGUGUGUGUGUGUGUGUGUAGGAUUUUGUUUCCCUCAGUAAAGCGACAGCAGCUCAGUGCCGUUUCUGGCAGCUGUCACUCCUCCAAUUUUUCCCUCGCAAUCCAACAGCUUUCCUUUUAAAACUGUCAGCAGCCUCACUGACACACGUUCUUCACAGUGGAGAUACUUUCAUACGACGCUUCCGCUCCUCUUCGCCAACCACAGAUCUCUGUCGCUCUCUGUCACUCUCUCGUUUUUACUCUUGCUCGCUCACUUGUAGCUCUCUCUCUCUCUCUCUCCUCGCUUUUCACUGUGGGAGAUGAAAUUGGUUUCUCCUCCGUUUACAGACUCUUCUCGGCCUUGCUCCGGACAGCGGGCUGAACCGAAAGAGCGGAAAGUUCUGGUAAACGCGGCAGGUAGCUACGCCGAGGCGAGAGCGCCACAAAACGCCGCGAGUUUGGACGAAACCGAGGGAAAUGACUUUCUUUUGUGUUCUUCUUGUUUUUUGUUUUUUGGUUUUUUUUUUGUUUGUGCUCCAAUACUAAAAUUAAUUCCGGCAACUUGUCAUUUUACAUUAGAGCAUGAAGUGGACCGGUGUAUGGCUGCGGAAAGCAAAUUGCGCCUUGUUGCCAUGGGAGCGCUUUCUUAUUGUGCCGUCGGGUAGCGAGCUGCUGCCAGAACUUGAGCCCACCUGUUUCCGGCCUUCUUUCAUAAGCGGAGCUCCCAGCACGGGGAGAGACUUUCGACACUGAUCCCUCGGCACACGUACGGUUUUAUUCAAACCAAAAACGGUCGAGCGGUUCAAACACGCAUGCUUAAGUUGGAACGAGGAUCCGAGUAUUUUUCCAUCCGUGUGGCUUUACAUGGCCAUGUUUACGACAAAGCAAAAAAGAUGAUGACGACGACGAAGACGACGAUGAUGAUGAUGAUGAUGACAACGACGAUGAUGACAGUGACGACGACGAUGAUGACCACGACGACGACGAUGACGACGACGACGAUGAUGACGAUUACGACGACGAUGACAGUGACGACGAUGAUGACGACGACAACGAUGACGAUGAUGACGACGACGAUGAUGAUGAUGACGAUGAUGACUGUCUAGAUUGCGCUCAGGAUGUAAUGCCAUGUGAUCUGCUUUCUUGCACAUUUCUUCCGUUUGCAAUAUAACGAUCCGCGUCCUUUCUUUCGCCCUGCUGCUUUUGAAACUCUUAUUUGCCAGGACGAGAGAGAAAUUGGCUCCAGCUAUAAUUUGAAAAAACCCCUCUUAUUUAUUUGAGGUUUUUUUUUCUUUUCUUUUCUUCAUCUUAUUGUCUACCUUAUGUUUUAUCACUAAGCUCGGUGCACCCACAUGCUGGCAAUCUCACUCACUGAACUAAUACCACAGUCUGAUUUCCCUGCCUACAACUCUGAUCGUCAUCUGUCCGUGUCCUGUUCUCUGCUGCCCGCACGCACACACCUGUAUAUACCGUUCGACCCUGCUAAUCAAGUCAGGCGAGCGCACCUGUGCAAACAGAUGUCCACAGGGAUCGCUCACUCGUAAAGAUCACAGGAAGCACUCCUGGAGAGAGACUCGGGGCCUCACGUUGGAGAUUCCGCAGGCAUGGCUGUCCUCCGUCCCGCUGCUCGCGUGUUUCACAUUGAACACGUACUCCGCUAGUUUCCACAGGCUGCGAUGGAGACGGUUCCGUCCCAGACCGACGAAUCGAGACCAUACGUUUCAUACAGCGCCGUAUCUAAGCCUUGCGUGUACUGUAAGGAUGGGCGACAUGGACUUAAAACUACAUCAUGAUAUUUUCUGGCGUUUAUUACGAUAACGAUAUCCGUGACGAUAUAAAUAAGUACCGUUCGCCACUGUUUUUAGCGACAAGACGUGCAGACUUGAGAGACUCGGAAACCCAAACGCUGAUCUAAAAGUAAAAGUGACUUUCUGUAACCGAACCGGUUCCAGAUUGUAGAGGUAGGUCCUCGUACAGCGGUAAACUCCGCCUCCCGCCGUACAUCAUCACCUAGGCUUUAUCGUUAUUAUCGCGGGAAGACUCAUUCGUAUCGUGGGGAGGAUUCCUACCAAACGAUGAGAUAUCGCCCCAUUCCUAGUAUACAGUAUAAUUAAAUAUGUUCUGUACAUAAUUAAUUACACCCUAAAGGACUGAGAACUCGUUUCCAUCCAGCGGUAUCGUUCUUCAGUCUUUACAGCUUUCAAGCGUAAUCGUGUGGUGAGAUUGAGCCGAAAACGUCGAUGAUUGUCAGCGUUACAGGCUGUAAUUCUCACUGCUGCAGGUGUGUGUGUGUGUGUGUGGGGGGAUUUUUUUUUUUGUUUUUUUUUUAAUUUUCUUUUCAGCACUCCACAGGUGUCCACUAUUGUCUCAGAAAAGACGAGGAACCGAAAGGUAUUCAUUUUAACGUCUUCCGGAAAACGAGUCGGAACGGCGGCGGCGGCGGGGGCGGCGGCGGGUUCCCGGCCGGAGUCCGAGUUAAACGUGAGCAGACGACGUGCGAAGAAACGCGUGCUGCGAUGGUGGAAAACCACACGAAAGAAGAGAAAGAGAUGGGAGAUUGGGUGCAGAUGGUCCUGUUCUUGGCGUGCGUCUCCCCGUUUUCCGUCGAGGGGACGCUUUCCGAGUUUUCCACGCUCACGAACGUCAACAAUGUAGCGCAGGACCCCGCGACAGGCCGGGUUUACCUGGGCGCGGUCAACGCCAUUUACCAGCUCGACUCUUUCCUCCGGCUGGAAGCCAAAGCAGAGACGGGGCCUAAGAAAGACGCUCGCAGCUGCACACCCCCCGUGUCCACCUCCACGUGCAUGUCUGCGGAUCUGAAAGACACGAAUAACGUCAAUAAGCUCCUUUUGGUGCACUCCGCGAACGGGUCUCUGAUAGCGUGUGGGAGCGUGUACAGAGGAAUCUGCUCGCUGCUGAACCUCAGCAAUGUGAAUCAGCAGAUCUACUACAGCGACAGUAAAGGAGAGAGGACGUAUGCUGCCAGCAUCGAGGACAGCGUUUCGGUCGUCGGGGUCAUGGCCACGUUCCAGUUCAAAGACGAUCCGGAGAAAAAGCCAUUCAACGUCUUUCUGGUCGGGAAGGGCUACGGCAGCCAGGAGGACAACCCGAAGCUCAUCACCACGCGCAUCCUGGAGAACUACAAGGAGUGGGUUGUGUUCGAGAGCAUCGUGGAGGCCUCGGCGGUCCAGGCCAUCCCCUUCGCACCCAAGUACCAGCACCAAUUUCGCUUCGUCUUUAAAGACUCCGGCUUUGUGUAUUUCCUCUUCUCGCGCACUCAGGGUGGGACCGACAACAAGAACUUCACGUUCGUGUCCCGUCUCUGUGAGAAAGACGAAGGUUAUUACUCCUACACCGAGCUGCAGCUGAACUGCAGCGCGAACGGUGUCCACUACAAUAAAGUCCAGGCUGCGUACGUGACCGAGCCAGGAAAGGAGCUAGCUCGCACCAUGCUGAAUUCUGGUUCGUACGGAACCAUUACGGUCUGGGAUAAAGUCCUGUUUGUAGUGGCCACUCCGGACGGCGAGAACGCGACCGACUCGGCUCUUUGCAUGUAUCCGUUAAAGCGCAUUAACGAGAGGCUGGAGGACAUCCUCAGUGCCUGCUACACGGACUACGGAAAGAUCGGAGGACGACCAGCCGUGUACAGCCCUUACAUAUCCAGCGCAGGCAACCCGUGUGCCCAUCGACAUAGCAAGGAAAUCGUGGACCAAAACAGAUGCGGAGCAGAGUUCCUCCGCUCUCCGCUGGCCAGCAGGCCAGAGUUCGCCCUGCAGGCAGAGCCGUUCUUCACCAAACAGGCUCGGGGUCAUCUGACUGCCGUGGCCAUUGCCGUGGAAAACGAUCACACGAUCGCGUUUGUAGGGAACACCAUGGGAGAGGUACUGAAGGUUCAUUUGUCAAGCAAACCAGAGGUGUACAACAGGGUUCCUGGGGACACUAUGGGCGAGCACGUGAAUAAGAAUCUUUUCUUCGACAAGACCCAGAGUCACAUAUACAUCACUACGGAGAAGAAGAUCACUAAGGUGCCGGUGCAGUCGUGCCACCAGAAGACCGACUGCAAGUCCUGCGUGGCCCAGAAAGACCCCUACUGUGGCUGGUGUGUCCUGGAGGGCAGGUGUACCAGGAGGUCAGAGUGCAGUCGAGCUGAAGAGAAGAACGGGUGGCUGUGGAGCCCCAGACAGCAGUGCGUUAAAAUAGUUUCCUUCCAUCCUCCCAACCUCAGCUGCAAGAGAUCCCAGCAGGUCGAGAUCAACAUUCCAUCGCUGCCCAGCAUCAGAGACUUUGACAGGAUCCACUGCACAAUCGGUUCAUCCAGUAGUAAAGCUACCAUGGUGGACUCGAUGGUCCGAUGCAACCUGCCUCCCCCUAACCGGCUUCCUCCUACACCUCCACACCAAGAUUCGGUGGCUGUGCCGGUGAAGAUCUUCCUGAACGAGAGCGUGGAGGUAGCCUCCCGUGACUACGAGUUCUACGACUGUGCAGCAGCAGUGCGCAAAGCGGAAAAUACUCCGUGUAUAGCGUGUGUGAGCAGACCGUGGGCGUGUCAGUGGAACACUGCCGAUCACACGUGCUCGGAUAUGAAUGAUGCUGAAACAGGGCCCAAUAUUAUCAAACACAGACAGCCAUGUGUGUGUUUUGUCUUUCAGACAAAGAAAUGUCCUCGGUUUGAAAACCCAGAUCCCAUCCUGAUUCCAGUGGGAUAUAAGACUCGCAUCAGUUUUGAAGGAGUAAAUCUGGAGCCCUACAAAGGCAGAGAGUUCACCAUCGGUACAGACUUAAUGAAACAGUUUGAAGACGAUGUGAAAACUGAAGAAGGUCCAUUUUUCUCUUUCAGUGGAUACAUGUUUUCGUAUGAUAAGGCUCAAGAGACCAGCAUCCUGUUCCAUAUUAAAGACAAGUACACAGAGAAGAAGAUUGACAGCACGCUAAAUGUAACGCUGUAUAACUGUUCGUUGGGCCGGGAGGACUGCAGUCUGUGUAAGAACACGGAUUUUAAGUACAAUUGCGUAUGGUGUGCUCGGUCACGCUCCUGCGUGUUUCAUAAACUGUGUCCCAGCGACGAGGAGCAGUUAUGUCCAGACCCUGUGAUCUCAGCAAUAAGUCCACGCUACGGUCCGCUGCAGGGUGGCAUCUCGGUCACCAUUAAAGGUUCUAACUUGGGCAUUCACAAGGAUGAUAUCAAGAACAUCUCUGUAGCAGGAGUUUCCUGCAUCCACCAGGAGGAGAAAUACUCCGUUUCGACCAGCGUCGUGUGCGAGAUCGCCCAAGUGUUCCAGCGAGACCCGCACGAAGGACUCGUGAACGUGGAGGUCAAAGGAGAGAGGAGAAGCAAGUCCUCGGUCUUCUUUACAUACCGGGACCCCAAGCCUGAGGUGGUGCAGCCCAGACGCGGUCCCAGAGCGGGAGGAACAAUCAUCACCAUCACCGGCACUGACCUCGAUACGGCGUCUAAAGAAGACAUUGACAUCUCUGUGGGUGGAGUGGCAUGCCCAGUAGAGGAGUUUGGGAAGCAAAUCACGUGUAAAGUGGGGCAGUACAGGAACGAAAAAGUGCCCUCUGACCCCCUGCCUAUCACCGUGCGCUACGGGAAACACACCAGCAUUCAGGUGCCUGCCUUCUUCCAGUUCUCCAGUAACCCGGACAUUUCCGACCACCAGCCCAGAAGCAGCUUCGACUGCGGUGGGAGAAAGAUCAGAGUGAUGGGCUCUGGUUUCGACCUCAUCCAGAAAGCCACCAUGAUCGUGCAAGCUUCGGCUGAUGAAUGGUCUGGACUUCACACUCCCAUGGAGGUUAGUCAGGAGGCCCACAGUAAGAACGGCACCAUGCUGCAGUUCCUCUCUCCUACCGUGAACAGAUCGUACGAGAGCCAGUCCUUCAGAACGUUCAUCCAGCUGGACAACCUCAUCGAGGAACUGAAACCGUUCGAUUACCACCCAGACCCCACCUUCAACGACCUCCCGAACAGAGUCAUCCCAGAGAACAGCAUGAUCAUCGUCACGGGUCGCGGUUUUGCCAAAGCCAUGACGGCGAAGGAAGCGGAGGCGUUCGUGGGUGACGUAUCCUGUAACGUGAACACCCUUCAGGAUGAUAAGCUGUUCCUGGAUCCGCCCAGCACCACCCCGAGAUCUCGCUCCAAGAGACAGCGGAGAGACACGACAUCUGAACCGCUAGACCUUCUGAUUAAGUUCGGUAAUGGCGAGUGGUUGGUCGGCUCUGUGCACUACGAGAGGAAGUACGAGGUGAAACUGGAUACGAUCAUCAUCCCUGCGGUUAUCGUCCCGAUGCUGCUGAUCAUCGCCAUCUCGAUCGUGUGCUACAGGAGGAAGAGCCAGCAGGCAGAGCGGGAGUAUGAGAAGGUGAAGCACCAGUUAGAGAAUCUGGAGGAGAGCGUGCGUGACCGCUGCAAGAAAGAAUUCACAGACCUGAUGAUCGAGAUGGAGGACCACACGAACGAUCUGAGCGAGGGACGCAUCCCAUUUCUGGACUACAAGACCUACACGGACCGUGUCUUCUUCCUGCCCUCAAAAGAUGGCGCCAACGAUGUCAUGAUCACCGGCAAGCUGAAUAUUCCAGAGUCCCGCAAAGCCACGGUGGCGCAGGCGCUUAAUCAGUUCUCCAACCUGCUGAACAGCAAGACGUUCCUCAUCACUUUUAUCCGGACUCUGGAGGCUCGUCAAGACUUCAACGCGAGAGCUAAGGUGUACUUUGCAUCUCUGCUGACCGUGGCCCUGCACGGAAAGCUGGAAUACUACACGGACAUCAUGAGGACGCUGCUGUUAGGGCUUAUGGAGGAGUACGUGCAGAGUAAAAACCCCAAACUCAUGCUGCGCAGGUCAGAGACGGUGGUCGAGAGGAUGCUGUGUAACUGGAUGUCGAUCUGCCUCUAUCAGUUCCUAAAGGACUCCGCAGGAGAACCUUUGUAUAAACUCUUCCGAGCCAUAAAGCAUCAGAUAGAGAAAGGCCCAGUGGAUGCACAGGUGAAGAAGGCUAAAUAUACACUCAAUGAUACAGGCCUGCUGGGGGAUGAUGUGGAGUACUCCAUGCUGACCCUACAGGUGUUGGUUCAUGGGGAGGGGCCUGACAUCACUCCAGUGAAGGUGCUGGACUGUGACACUAUUUCUCAGGUGAAAGAGAAGAUCAUUGAGCAGGUGUACAAAAACUUACCCUACUCACAGCGGCCAAAAGUGGAUAGUGUCACACUUGAGUGGCGCCCCGGCUCCACAGGGCAGAUCCUGUCGGAUCUUGACGUGACGUCCCAGAAAGAAGGAAGAUGGAGACACCUUAACACACUGGCACACUACAACGUUCGCGAUGGUGCCAUGCUAAUCCUUUCCAGGGUUUUACACACGCAGCAGUCAUAUGACCAAAACCAUGACAACCACGAGGAGAGAAACGCCCUGCUAGAGGAUGAUAAAGUGUUCCAUCUGGUCAGGCCGGCUGAUGAGCUGGAUGACGUGAAGUCAAAAAGAGGCAGCAUCAAGGAUAAGUCCAUGACCAAAGCCAUCACGGAGAUCUAUCUCACUCGUCUGCUCUCGGUCAAGGGCACACUGCAGCAGUUCGUAGAUGACUUCUUCCGCAGUGUUCUCUGUUCCGGAACCGUGGUGCCACCUGCCAUUAAAUACUUUUUCGACUUCCUGGACGAGCAGGCCUUAAAACACGAAAACGUAGACGAGGAGACCAUCCACAUCUGGAAGACCAACAGUCUCCCGCUUAGGUUCUGGGUGAACAUUCUGAAGAACCCUCAUUUCAUCUUCGACGUCCACGUGACAGAAGUGGUCGACGCCUCAUUAUCGGUCAUCGCUCAGACCUUCAUGGAUGCCUGCACUAAAUCGGAGCACAAACUCAGCAGGGACUCCCCAAGCAACAAACUCCUCUAUGCAAAGGAGAUCUCCACAUACAAAAAAAUGGUGGAUGAUUACUACAAAGGGAUCCGACUCAUGGUGCCAGUCAGUGACCAAGACAUGAACACGCACUUGGCUGAAGUGUCACGGGCCCAUACCGACAAACUGAAUACACAAGUUGCCCUCCAUCAGCUGUACCAGUACGCCAGCAAAUACUAUAAGGAGAUCAUCCUGGCUCUGGAUGAAGACCCCGCAGCUCAGUGUAAGCAGCUCACGAUGCGACUCCAGCAGAUCGCCGCCGCUCUCGAGAAGAAAGUGACGGAUCUCUAACCCGUCCACAGAGGAGAGAAAGACGGACCGAGAGAAAGAGACCGACGUGGGACGAAAACCCGCCACCGGUCAACGUCGAACUCGAGUCUCUGGGACGGAAGAAGGCCCGGUUAAAGAAUAAAUGUCCCUUGGUGUGUAAUUAGCAUAUAAAUAUAAUCAGAUGUUGAAUUUCUUCAUGUGUAGAGAAAAAAAACAAAACAAAAAAGGUUUUAAGAAUUGUAUUAUAUAUUUUUUUUAACGUGCAGUCUUUAUGCGGAAAGCUUUAUAAGGAAGAAAUAUCUUUUUAAACUGACAGCCUUGUGUUGAUUUUGUUUAUAAAGUCUGUAUAAACGUGAGGCGCGUGUGUGUGUGUGUGUGUGUGUGUGUGUGUGUAAGAUGACUGCUAAUUGCUCACACACAGGAUGCCUAAAUUCUGACCAAAUGGGAGAUGCUCAGUCAUUGGUAUUGUGCACUGGUGUGUGUGUGUGUGUGUGUGUGUGUGUGUGUGUGUGUGUGUGUGUGUGUGUGUG